UGCUUCUUUGUCCUAAUAAACUCCCAUAUAUAGAUAAUGACCCUAAAAGCCUUCCUAUUUUUUCUCCUCCAUUUUCCCUUUUCUCUGUAAACACUCAAAAUCCAUUAAUCAUUUUCAAAUUUUUUCAUACAUAUAUCGUAAAUUCAUCUGCAAAAUCAAUUUCUCUGGCGCAUCAAAUAAGGAGAAAUUUUGAAGAGGCAAUUAAUGGCUUCUAGGGCGAUUCUACGGAGGAGGAAGCUCCUUUCUGACUAUUUGAAUGUCUCUGUUCGGUCUAUUCAAAAUUUACAGAGUUGGGGUGAUGGGCGAUCUGCUCAUUAUUUUGACUCCCGUGGUUUCAGCUCAUCUAUGAAUUGUACUUGUCAAGGUCCAGAUAAAAGAAAGGCUCAUGACGAAAUUUCUCCAAUAAAUGAUGGAUUUUCAAGAUUGUCGGGUUUAGGAUUCUUCCAGCCAAAAUAUUAUAAUACUACAGUAUUUGGUUAUGUAAAUAGAAGAGUUGAUGUUACUUCUUUGACUGGCAUGAGGUUUUGGCCGAACUCUGUACGUUGUGCUUCUACAGCAACAGCAAAACAACCUGAUUUGGGAAGUGAUGAUGAAGAAUUGAUUGCCAAAAAGAAAAGUGAAGCUUCUCCAGAGGAAUGUGAUCAAGCUGUUGUAGGAUUAAGUACUGCAAAGGCCAAAGCAAAAGCAAAACGGCUGCAGGAAUCUCAGAAGGUUGCUAAAUCUGUUAUACAGAGAGUAUGGGCAACACUUUUGGGGAUUGGUCCCUCUUUGAGAGCGGUGGCCUCAAUGAGUAGGGAAGAUUGGGCCAAAAAACUUGCUCACUGGAGACAUGAGUUUAAAUCUACUCUGCAACAUUAUUGGCUAGGUUUGAAGCUCCUAUGGGCUGACAUGAGGAUCAGUUCAAGACUGCUGAUAAAGCUAGCUAGUGGAAAGAGUCUUUCUAGAAGAGAGAGACAACAGUUGACGCGCACUACAGCUGAUAUGUUCAGGCUUGUUCCGUUUGCUGUCUUCAUCAUUGUCCCAUUCAUGGAAUUUUUAUUACCUGUAUUCUUGAAGCUGUUUCCAAACAUGUUGCCAUCUACUUUUCAAGACAAAAUGAAAGAACAGGAAGCAUUAAAGAGGAGGCUGAUUGCGAGGAUAGAAUAUGCAAAGUUUCUUCAAGAUACCGUGAAGGAGAUGGCUAAAGAAGUCCAAAACUCCCGGAGUGGUGAACUGAAGAAAACAGCUGAAGAUCUUGAUGAGUUUCUGAGCAAGGUUAGAAGAGGUGCAGGAGUCACGAAUGAAGAAAUUUUAGGCUUUGCCAAGCUGUUCAAUGAUGAACUUACCUUAGAUAAUAUAAGCAGGCCUCGAUUAGUAAGUAUGUGCAAGUAUAUGGGGAUCAGUCCAUAUGGAACAGAUGCUUAUUUGCGUUUUAUGCUUCGGAAGAGGUUGCAAAGGAUUAAAGAAGAUGACAAAUUGAUUCAAGCUGAAGGUGUGGAGUCCCUUUCAGAAGCUGAACUUCGUGAAGAUUGUAGAGAGCGAGGCAUGCUUGGUUUACUUUCCAUGGAAGAAAUGCGCCAACAGCUUCGAGAUUGGUUGGAUUUGUCACUUAACCAUUCAGUACCUUCUUCACUUCUGAUCUUGUCCAGAUCUUUCACUGUUUCUGGAAGGUUGAAGCCAGAGGAGGCUGUUGGAGCUACACUGUCUUCGCUACCAGAUGAAGUUGUGGACACUGUGGGCAUCACUUCCCUGCCAUCUGAAGAUUCGCUCUCGGAAAGGAGGAGGAAACUGGAAUAUCUUGAAAUGCAGGAGGAGCUUAUCAAGGAAGAAGAGGAGAAAGAGGAAGAAGAGAAAACUAGAAGGAAGGAAUCUGUUUGUAGUCAAGAGGAUGUGGCAUUGAAAGAGAUGACUAUUCCAACAGCUACAGAAGCGCAAGAGCAAGCUCGAGCAAGAGCAAUUGACAAACAAGAGCAGCUAUGUAAAAUUAGCCGUGCCUUGGCUGUUCUAGCUUCUGCUUCUUCUGUUAGCCAAGAGCGUGAAGAAUUCCUGAGGCUUGUAAAUAAAGAGAUCAAGCUUUAUCAUAGCAUGGUAGAUGAAGAGGGUACAGUUGGUGAAGUGGAAGCCAUCAAGGCAUAUAGAGCUGCUCAUGAUGAGAAUGAUGAUGCUUCUGAACAUGAUGAGGUUUCAUCUGCACUUAUAGAUAAGGUUGAUUCCAUGCUUCAAAAUCUGGAGAAGGAAAUUGAUGACGUCGAUGCCAAAAUUGGCGACCAUUGGCGAAUACUUGACAGGGAUUAUGAUGGAAAAGUGACUCCGGAGGAACUAGCAGCUGCAGCCAUGUACUUGAAGGAUACUCUUGGCAAAGAAGGGGUUCAAGAACUCAUCAGCAACCUUUCCAAGGAUACAGAUGGAAAGAUUUUUGUUGAAGACAUUGUUAAGCUAGGCAGCCGCGUAGAAGAUGCCAGGUCCGGUGAAUAGACGGAGUAAUGCAAUAGUUUUGGUUUCUUAGAAAAUAAUAGAACAUUACACUUCACUAACAAAGUUCAGUCAUGUAAUUAGGCCUCCCAUUAUAGAAAGCCAAUGUCUGUUAGUCCUGUUAGAGAAACUCCUCUAUUGUCAUAUGAACUAGGACCUUUCAUAGGAAUAUGGUAAAAAAAUACACGGAAAAGAAAUAAAUACUUACUGUAAGCAUGUAACGUGUAAUAGUCUUGACUAUAAUAUAUACUGGAGAUUUGUCCUAUAUUUGACAUUCUGAUAUGAGGAAACAGUGUUCUUUUACAAUA